AUGGGUGGACGUCAAUCAGUUCAAACCGAUUUACAUCGUCGACCUCGAUCUGAUUCAGUGGUCGAUACAACAGCAGUAGCAGCUUCAGCUUCAACUAAUCAUCGUAAUCCUCAUUUGAUCGCUGGCAUUGGUAGUAUCAGCAACCUUAGGGGUCGGGUUGACAAUGAAAGUACAUCAGAUUCUGAUGAAGAUGCACCAGGAACAAGUGUUGCAUUACACUCUGGUUCUUCUGAUGCACGGCCAAUAGGGUUCUCCGUUUCACAUUUGCGAAGCCACAGAAGUUCACGUAAUGCUCCAACGCGUCGGUCGAUGCCGGUAUUGCAACUUCUGAGUCGUUUAUCGCAAGAUAUUAAGUGCCCGAUUUGCAAGAAAACGGUACCUUCUGAUGAAGCUGAGGUUCAUCUAGUAAUGUGUCUAACACGUCCUAAAAUAACAUAUAAUGAAGAUGAAUUAAGAGAGGACAAAGGAGAAUGUUCGAUAUGUCUCGAAGAAAUGUCCAGUGGUGAUCGAAUUGCGCGUCUCCCUUGCUUAUGUAUCUAUCAUAAAGGCUGUAUCGAUGAAUGGUUUGCGCGCAAAAAUUGUUGUCCUGAGCAUCCAGGUUAUGACUGA